AUGGCAAGUACACCAUUGCGAAGUCAUGUUACACCAAUUGCAUCAAGAACGCUUUUUACUCGUAGCAAGCCUAGACCUGUAAGGACGACGAUCAAAUGGGCACUAUUAGCAUUCGGCUUGACAUUUGGAGUCGCCUAUCAUUUAGAUUCACGCAGUGCAAUUCAUAGAUGGAUCGCUAUCCCAAUCCUACAAACAGUGACAGACGCAGAAACAGCUCAAAAGCUAGCUGUCAAGCUUCUUUCUUUAGGGAUUAUGCCUCGCGAUCUGGGUACAGAUGAUGAAGUAUUAGCAACAUCGGUUGCAGGCCUUUCUCUCAAAAAUCCAAUCGGUUUAGCUGCUGGAUUUGAUAAACAAGCAGAAGCAAUUGAUGGUUUGCUGAACCUGGGCUUCGGUAUUGUCGAGGUGGGAAGUGUGACGCCCGAACCACAACCUGGAAAUGAUCUCCCGCGAUACUUUAGAUUGACUGCAGAUCACGGUGCUAUCAACCGAUUCGGAUUCAACUCAGAGGGACACGAGGUUAUCCUACACAGACUACGCGAUCGUAUACAAAGAUGGAUUUUGAGCGGAUCUUCUCUAGCAAAAUCGAGAAUUCCUUUGCCCGAUGACCAAUCCCGCGAUCACGCCCUGCUGGAAACUGCAUCGAUCGACACCAUCCUCGCAACCGAUCAAGUACCAAAAUCAUUGCGACCUGGUCAAUUAUUGGCUGUCAAUCUAGGCAAGAACAAAACAAGUGCACCCGACAGUGUGGACGAUUAUGUCAAAGGAGUCAAUGUGCUUGGACCAUAUGCUGAUCUAUUGGUGGUCAAUAUCAGCAGUCCAAAUACACCAGGAUUGAGAGGUCUACAGAGAAAGUCUGUCUUGUCUGAUUUGAUGAGUCAAGUGGUUGAAGCUCGGGACAAAUUACCGCUACGGAGACAGAACAAGGUCCCGCUUUUGGUCAAAAUUGCUCCAGACUUGGAUGAGAAUGAGCUGAAGGACAUCGCCGAUGCUGCUGUCUCUUCAGGUGUUGAAGGUUUGAUUGUUUCAAAUACCACAAUCCAAAGACCUUCCUCGUUGCUCUCUCCGUCUGAGAUCACAUCAGAGACUGGUGGUCUUUCCGGUGCUCCUCUCAAGCCUCUCUCGCUAAAAGCCCUGCAAACUGUACGCAAGCGUGUGGGUGACAAGGUUUCGAUCAUCGGCUGCGGUGGCAUCUUUAGCGGUCAGGACGCCCUCGAUUUCGCAAAAGCAGGAGCCGAUGCUAUUGAGCUGUACACAAGCUUUGGUUAUGAGGGUGUUGGACAUCCGAGAAGAGUGAAGGAUGAAUUGACAGCGCUACUGAAAGCGCAAAAUACAACGUGGAAGGCUGUGAUUGGUACUGGAAUCGAGAAGGAGAACUUUACAACCACUUUGCCGAGUAACGAAAAAGACUUUGCCAAAGUUGGCAACCUUUCAGAUCGUCUUGGCGAAAGCGCUGCAAGUAUCAAAGGUGAAAUAGAAGGAUGGAGAAAGACUUUGGGAAUGGCAGUCGCAGAUGCAAAAGAAUCAAUCAAAGAGGCACAGCCCAUGCGAUUCAGGCCUGAUCCAAGUGACAAAGAGUACACUUCUUUGCUGGAUAAGGUACAUGAGGCCUUGGGCGUUCCAGAUAGCCCAUCUAGUGAUAAGAAUGCGGCUGAAUUGGAUGUGUCACAAAUGACUCAAAAUGACGUCCAACGGAUCCGUCUCGGAAUAGCAUUGCAAGAUCCAAGCGUGGCGCCCAGUGUGGCACUUGAAGGCGCAGGCGAUCAAGCAACGGUUGGUAGUGGUCAAACUCCAACGUUUGGGCGUAUUGGACAAAAGUUGACUCCUGUUGAUCCACGUGGAGCUUCUACUGCUUCGUCAUCGUCAUCACAAGCGAGCUCGGACGGAAGAGUUGGAAUGGGAGGUAAAUCCGAUUUUAACUCUGUUGAUUCUAGAAGGGUGGUGUAA